AUGUCGUACAAUCAGUCUCAACAAUCUGGACCCCCGCAAUACGGUCAGGGCCAGCCUUUCCAGGCUCAGGGCUUCCAGCAGCAUCCUCAGCCUCACUAUGGCCAACAGCAGCAGUAUCCUCCUCAUCAACAGAAUUUGCCUCAGCAGCCGUAUCCGCCUCAACAGCAGUAUCCACCUCAACAGCAGUAUCCGCCUCAGCAGCAGUAUCCGCCCCAGCAGCAGUAUCCACCUCAGCAGCAGUAUCCACCUCAACAGCAGUAUCCGCCUCAACACCCCGGCGGCUAUGCUGGUGGUUCAAGUGGCCCCCAGCAGGGUCACCCACAGCCUCAACAGGCCUCUUACGGGCAGCAGGGCCAAUAUCCUUUGCCCGGACCUGGUAUGCCUCCUCAUUCUUAUGCACCGCAACCACAAAUGCCAUCCUUGGGUUAUGAUCCAAAUGCAGUCGCAAUGGGCGACUACGCGCGAGAAGCAGACUCUCUACGUAAAGCCAUGAAAGGCUUUGGUACAGAUGACAAGACGUUGAUCAUGGUUCUCGCACCACUGGAUCCUCUGCAAAUGGCCGCUGUGCGGGCAGCAUACUCGAAGAGGCACCAGCGAGAUCUUCACAAGGACAUCCAGUCUGAGACGUCGGGACACUUCGAAGAAGGCCUCCUAGCUAUUGUGGACGGUCCUUUGCAAUAUGACGCUGAGAGUGUACGCGAUGCAGUCAAAGGUGCUGGCACCAAAGAAUGGCUUCUAAACGAUGUACUCUUGGGUCGGAGUAAUGCGGAUAUACAUGCGAUCAGGACUGCAUAUCAGCACCAGUACCAUCGCUCCCUUGCGGAUGAUGUCAAGGAUGAUCUAUCGAUGAAGACGGCAGAUCUUUUCACUGCCGUCUUGCUGGGAAACAAGUGUGACGAAUUUGCCCCGAUCAACCACCAGGAUAUUGAUUCGGACGCUCGUACUAUACACGAGACCACAGCCGGCCGUGUAGUGAAUGAUGCCACUGAAGUCUGCGCUAUAUUUGCCCGCUCGUCGAAUGCAGAACUUCGGGCGAUCAGCCACGCCUUCCAUGAGCGUUACUCUAUCUCGCUCGAGAAACAUCUUGAAAACUGCUUUUCGGGGCACUUGGAAGAUGCUCUCGUUCAUAUUCUCCGCAGCGCGAUUGAUCCGGCAAUGCGCGAUGCUUGUCUCAUACACUCCUGUAUCGAUGCCUCAAGUUCGCGUCUUGUUAGUCGUAUUGUUCGUCUCCAUUGGAAUCGGGCUCAUAUGGAUCAAGUGAAGCAGGCCUACCGACGGAAAUUUGGAAAGGAUCUUAUUUCUCGUGUGCGAAGCGAGAUGGACGGUGAUUGUGAGCGUCUGCUCAUUGCUUUGCUUCAGUAG